AGCCGCGCCACAGACUCACAGUCCACAUUUCCAGAGAAGACCGACACUCUGUCUCCCACCAACAUUCUCUGUCGAGCUCGGGUAACAAAACAAGCGGAGCCGGACUCGUCCCGCUCUCCGGGAUAUUAGAUUAUCAGAUUAUUCCCAGGACGUGGUUUGCCCUUUAUUCUCCCGGACGUCACCUGACACAUAGAGCUCGCAGGAUAUAUAAGUUAUUUACCGUAGCACAAGCGGAGAUCCUGGAAGAUGGGUUCAGUCCCGGCGAUAUCUGUCCUUAUUUUGGGCAUUGUGGUUCCAGCGCUGGCCGGCUACAUUGAGGCGCUAGCAGCCAAUGCAGGCACAGGGUUUGCCGUGGCAGAGCCACAGGUGGCGAUGUUCUGCGGAAAACUCAACAUGCAUGUCAACAUUCAGACCGGCCGCUGGGAACCCGACCCAUCAGGAACUAAGAGCUGCGUAGGAACCAAAGAGGGUGUGCUGCAGUACUGCCAGGAGAUGUAUCCCGAGCUCCAAAUCACAAACGUGGUGGAAGCCAACCAGCCAAUUCGUAUUGAGAACUGGUGCAAGAAGGAGAAGAAGGUGUGCAAAGGACAUGCCCACAUUGUGGUGCCUUACAAAUGCUUAGUGGGCGAGUUCGUGAGUGACGUGCUUCUGGUUCCAGAGAAGUGCAAGUUCUUCCACAAGGAGCGUAUGGACAUGUGCGUCAGCCAUCAGCAGUGGCACGGCGUGGCCAAAGAGGCCUGUGCAAAGAGCUCCAUGAUGCUGCACAGCUAUGGCAUGCUGCUGCCCUGUGGCAUUGACAAGUUCCAUGGCACCGAGUACGUGUGCUGCCCCGCCUCUCGCGCUGGGGAGUCCGCUCCACCUUCCCUGCCCUCCCAGGAGGACGACGAAGAGGAGGAGGUAGAGGAUGAGGAGAUUGACGAGACCGACCUGGAUGAUGAGGAUGCCGUGGAGGACAGUGAGACGCCAACUGAUGAGCAGCCCACACCAAAGGAGGAGCCAGUGCACGAGGACGAAGACGAGGACGAGGAAGAUGAGGAGGAGUACCACUACGUCUACGAGGACGAAGAGGCAGAUAAGGAGGACGAGUAUGAGAAGAAAGAGAGCAGCAAAAUGUCAGAGAGCUUAGAUGAGGACAAGACUCUGCAGGAAGUCAAAGCGGUGUGCACCCUGGAGGCUGAGACCGGCCCCUGCCGUGCCUCCAUGCCCCGCUGGCACUUCGACAUGAGCCAGAGGAAGUGUGUGCGCUUCAUAUACGGGGGCUGUGCCGGCAACCGCAACAAUUUCGACUCAGAGGAGUACUGCAUGGCCGUGUGCAAGCGCCUGACCAUGCCACCUACUCCUCAGCCCACCGAUGAUGUGGACAUCUACUUUGAGACCCCAGCCGACGACAAGGAGCACAGUCGCUUCCAGAGGGCCAAGGAGCAGCUGGAGAUCAGGCACCGCAACCGCAUGGAGAGGGUAAGAAAAGAGUGGGAAGAGGCUGAUCGCCAGGCUAAGAACCUGCCCAAGGCUGAGAGGCAGACAUUGAUGCAGCACUUCCAAGCCAUGGUGGAGUCCCUGGAGGAGGAGGCAGCCAGCGAGAAGCAGCAGCUGGUGGAGACUCACCUGGCCCGGGUGGAGGCCAUGCUGAAUGACCGACGCCGUCUGGCCCUGGAGAACUACCUGGCUGCCCUGCAGGCUGACCCCCCCAGGCCCCACCGCAUCCUGCAAGCUCUGAGAAGGUACGUCCGUGCCGAGAACAAGGACCGCCAGCACACCAUCCGCCACUACCAGCACGUCCUGGCUGUGGAUCCUGAGAAGGCUGCUCAGAUGAAGUCACAGGUGAUGACCCACCUGCGUGUGAUCGAAGAGAGGAUGAACCAGAGUCUGUCACUGCUCUACAAAGUACCUUAUGUGGCCGAAGAGAUUCAAGAUGAAAUUGACGAGUUACUCCAGGAGCAGAAAGCUGACAUGGACCAGUUCCUGUCGUCUAUCUCUGAAUCACAGCCAGAUGUCACCGUGUCGUCAGAGGAGAGUGUAGAAGUCCCUGUGUCUGAGGGCAAACCCUACCGGCCUUUCCAGGUCACAUCCUUGGGGUCCCGUACAGAGCCAGAGGGCGAUCUAUCAGACUCCCCACGUGCCUUCAAGAAAGGCUCCGCCAUGUCUGGUUUAGAUGGUCUGAUAGGGGCCGAGGAGAGAAUCAUCAACAGCAAACCCAAGAUCAGCGACAAUGUGGUGAUUGAUGAGUCUCUGGAUGUUAAAGAAGUGGUUUACAGUGCAGAGAGAGUCAGCGUUAUGCAUGAUGAUGAGCUGGAGACCUACCGCCCCCUGGGAGAGGACUUCAGCUUCGGGAGCAGUGCACUGAUUGGCUUGCUGGUGAUCGCGGUGGCCAUAGCAACUGUGAUUGUGAUCAGUCUGGUGCUUUUGAGGAAGAGGCAAUACGGCACCAUCAGUCAUGGCAUCGUGGAGGUUGACCCCAUGCUGACACCAGAGGAACGCCACCUCAGCAAGAUGCAGAACCAUGGCUACGAAAACCCCACCUACAAAUACCUGGAGCAGAUGCAGAUCUAACCAGAGCCUACAGGGGGCGCUGUGGAGUCUGACAGAGGACAGCAACCAAGGGGAAACAUACUACUGACCAAUAACAUAUGCUAUUGUUAAAAUCAUUUGCAUACAUCCAAACUCCAUUUACUGGUUUGUUCAAAACAAUCCUUAAAUAAUGCUACUACUUCUACUACUGCUACUAUUGUACUAUAGAGCUCUUUUUGAUCAUGUUUCUUUUGAAAAGGUGAUGUAUCUGCCAUUUUGCAUUAUGGAAAAUGUGAUUCUGCAGAUUUCUCUGUAAUUAUCAAUACAGCUAUCUCAGAUCAAGAUGUAUAACAUUUCUUCAGACAUUUUCUUUUUAUUUUUUUUGAAAGUGCAAGGCAAAUCAAGCAAAAUUUAAAUGUCUUUGAGUGGCCAUCAUCGAACCGGCAUACCUGACUACACUUCACUUUUCCAUCAUCCAAGUGUCACUCAUGCAGUUUCUGAUGGUUUCCUCAAAAAGAAUUGGUGUUUUAUUUUGUUCUUUUUCCUCUCAAUAGAUUGCUUGUAUAUGAAGGUUAUUUGUACCAAUUAAAAUGUAUAGUGAAACAACAAAUGAGAAAAAAAUGAAAUCAUGGAUUAUUUACUUUUUGUUCUUUGUUAUGAUAACAGACAAAAUAUACAUAUACAGUUUAAAUAUAUAUAAGAAUAGAUGUUUUUAUUCCACCUUUUUUUCCCAGGGAAGAGGUUAUGAGUCAGCUUAAGGUUCUUAGCUUAGUGGUCAUGAGUUGUGUUUGCAAGCACACUGUCAGAAAAAGUCGGGAAGGUGAAGGUGUGCACAGACCCCCAGCUCAAACACAUUACACAAAACCUGUUCUGAACCCUUACUUACAAGGUGAAUGUGAUAAUAUAUCCCCUCCUACACACACAAACACAACUUUUUAUCAAUAGGGAAACAGCAUAAAUCAAUAGAUUAAAUAUACCUAUUGACAUGUGUUACAUAGUUGAAUGUAUCAUGGAAGCUUUUUUUCCAUACUAUGUACCUGACAGGUUCCUAUGUGGCUUUGAUUUUAAUGCACUGUCACAAACAUUGUGACAGGGGUGAUGACACGCUACAAACUGACAAACAAGUGAAGUUUCGUGUUUGUUUUUUUUGUUUUGUUUGUAUUUAUUGUUUUUUUGCACAAAUUAUCUGAAGCAAAAACCGAGUACCAUAAACUUUGAAACAAAUUUUGGGGAUGAUGUAACACACGCUUUUGGAGCAACUGUUGGCUUUGCUGGUCAUAAAGCAUAGAACAGUUUGAUAAAGCAAAUCAGGGCCGGCACAGAGGCACCAACAUAAGCAGCUGCUUCGGGCCCAUCUGCCAUCAGGGGCCCCCGAUUUGAAGUGAAAAUGUACAAAUUUUAGGGGUGUUUUAUUUAUUUCUUGGAUCACAACAAAUGCCAAAAAAUUAAUUUUUUUUCUUAAUCUGAAUAUACCAAAUUGGGGUAUUGUAAGGAAUAAUUUUGGUGGGUUUUAAAACUUUUUUUUUAGGAUAUGGGGAAACCAUAACAAAUUUUGUAAUCUGGAUUUUGGGAUUUGGGUACCUGCAAAGGCUUAGGCCGGCCCUGGAUCAAAGCCAAUUGAAGACAACUUGGAGCUGGAGGGCUGUGCAGGCAGACAGAGACACACAGAAAGACAAGGCUUGGAGAGCUGGUUUCUGAGAAAAAAAAAAGAAGCUAACUUAUGUAUUUUUACAGGUAGAGAAUGACACAAACAAGUAAACUGAAUCCUUGAAUCCUCUUUUCUCUCUCUCUCUCUCUCUCUCUUAGUAUUGUCUUUGUAUGCCUGUAUAGUUGAUGUUGCAAUCAUGGCUUUUUUCCGGAGGAUUACCUGUGGUGUGCAUUGUUCUUAUAUGAAAUGAUAUGAUAUAUAUUUUUAAGUUUGUUUUCUUUGUUUUCUAUUUUUUUUUCCUCUUCCUGUGACAGUAUCUCUGUAUGUGACUGUCUCACUAUGCACCCAAACGGCUUCAAUCUUGUAACUGCCUGCUUGAUUGUGGGAAGGGACUGGGAACUAAUAUAAUAUGCAUAUUAGUGAUUUGAAAAAAAUUGAUUGACACAAAAGGAAACAGAUUUAUGGUUACAGGGGGGAUACACAUCAAUAAACUCACAACUUCCAUA